GGAAGAUCAUUGUAGCCUUCCUAAAAGAAAGAAAAUGGAAUCCUGAAAUCGUACUCAGCUCAACAGUCAAGCGUUUCGAGCGACUAUUAGAAGAACAAUUUGGAAGUACGAUUACAUUGCUUCUAACAUCAUUGAACAGCAGCUGGAUCUUGCUGAAGAUUGUAGAGCAUCCCGCGACCUCCUUGCCUUCUGAAUCAAUGGAGGGGUCCGACAGUUCAGAGCAGAGCGGCAGUGACCAGCCAGAGUCUCAACGCAGAAGGCAGCUGGACCGCCUGGACAGGGAAGAGGCUUUCUACCAGUUUGUCAACAAUCUCAGUGAUGAGGACUAUCGUCUUAUGAGAGACAACAAUCUUUUGGGAACCCCAGGAGAGGUAACUGAAGAUGAGCUGUUUAGCAGACUUCAGCAAAUCAAGGAUGGUCCAGAACAGCAGAAUAACAGUACAAGUGCCCCCAGUACUGAAAGUGGAGAAGAUCCUGUUGAACCACCAGAAAACUCUGAGGAUCCUGCCAAUGGGGACAGUCUCUUAGACUGGCUGAACACAGUGAGGCGCACAGGCAACACAACCAGAACUGGUCAUCGUGGAAACCAGUCGUGGCGGGCUGUAAGUCAGACCAACCCAAACAGUGGGGAUUUUCGCUUCAGCCUGGAAAUUAGUGUGAAUCGAAACCUGGCUGAACAGCAGGCAGCUGCUGAAGGUGAGCAGGAAUCACUACAAGAAUCUCCACAGGAGUCUCCGGAAGAGUCUCCUGAGGGUCAAGAAGUGGUGGCAAAUGCUGAACCACAGGUUCCCAUGGAGACAGAAGUGGUGGAAGAACCAGUUGUGGAGGAAUUGGCUGUCAUAGUGGAGCCGGAGCCAGAGCCAGAGCCAGAGCCUGAACCAGAGCCUGAACCUGAGCCUGAGCCUGAGCCUGAGCCUGAGCCUGACCUAGAGGAAAAUGUUUCACAAGAGAUUUUAGAAGAACCUCCCAUCUCUCCUGCAGCCCUGCCAGUACAACCCCCACUUUCUCCCUCUCCACGUAGAGGACAAAGGAGAGCCCGCAGCCGCAGUCCAGAACCACGCAGGACUAGGGCUCGUACAGCCAGGAGCCGCUCCCCCCUCAGUUUAGAUCAGCUGGAUGGUCUCUCUAAUCCACGUCAUACUCACUCCUCUCAAGGCCUCAACUCUGCCACCAGUGUUUCCCCUGUGCCUCAAGUAGAGGGCAGUUCUCGGACUCGACAACAUGUUCUUUCUAGGCAAACCACUGCUGACAGUGAUGUUCAGCCAUCUAGGGCUGGCGCAGAGACAGUCCCAGAGGCCCAAAAUGUGGGAUCCCAGGAAGGAGAAGCUGCUGGGGGGGAAGGGGGUGCAGCAGGGCGACGCCCCCCUACUAUUAUGCUUGAUCUCCAGGUGCGUCGUGUGCGGCCAGGCGAAUAUCGCCAAAGAGACAGCAUUGCUAGCCGUACCCGUUCGCGCUCCCAGAACUCAAACAACACAUUUCUUUAUGAAAGUGAGCGUGGUGGAUUUCGUAGGACUUUCUCACGCUCUGAGCGUGCUGGUGUGAGGACCUACGUCAGCACUAUUCGCAUCCCUAUCCGAAGAAUCUCUGAUGCAGGUUUGGGAGAGGCAACCUCAAUGGCUCUCCAGUCUAUGAUUAGGCAGAUUAUGACUGGUUUUGGUGAGCUCGGCUACCUCAUGGAUUCAGACUCAGACUCUUCAGAUUCAAACCGUGGGGCCAACACACCUGCGGAGCUGGCAGAAGCCCUCAACAACUCAGAUGCUACUCCUGCGGCUCCUGCUGCUGAUGUAGAUGAACCACCUGUUGCUGCUGGAGUCAGAGCAAGGACAGCUGAGACUGAUAUCGAUGAGGGCCUUACCGCCGCUCCUCCUGCCUCUGGUGGCAGGGCGCGACCCAGGCCACCUAUCAGCCUAGAGGAGCCCAGCUCCCUGCCCUUCCUGCGGCUUGCCCACUUCUUCCUCCUAAAUGAUGAUGACGAGGACCAGCCCCAAGGGCUGACCAAAGAGCAGAUUGACAACCUCUCAAUGCGCAACUUUGGUGAGAGUGAUGCCUUGAAGACUUGCAGUGUCUGCAUAACAGAAUAUGCAGAAGGUAACAAGCUACGUAAGCUGCCCUGCUCUCAUGAGUACCAUGUGCACUGCAUUGAUCGCUGGCUCUCCGAAAACUCCACUUGCCCCAUCUGCCGCAGGGCUGUCUUGGUAUCAGCCAACCGUGAGAGUGUGGUGUAGCUUAUAAAAGACAGCACGCGUUUUAUCUCAACCUAAGUAAUCUAAUAUCCCAAGUCCAUAAGAGGCUUUGAGGAAAUGUGUCUCCACUGUUGAAAUGUAUUUCCUUCAUACAGUUUGUGAGUUUGAUCAUAAUGCAGUCACAGGUUUGAUUUGGGGUGCUCCAUGACUGUAACAUCGGGACAUAUUCAGUCUCUAGAAAGACAUUUAUUAUUGCAGCCCAAAGUUAGGCACAAGCAAUGCAUGUUGUUUGAAUCAACCUGUAGUGACCAAGCAGUUUGUUGCAUUGCGUCAAGCCAUGCACACGAGCAGACCGGUAUCUUUUGAAGAAUCCCCUGGUUUUAAAUGCUGCACACCUGCAGGUAGUUCAGGCACAUCUGCUCUUUUGUAUUCGCUCAUUAACGACGCCUUAUAUACCAGAAGUUGGGUAUUGGUACAGUUCUUAGUUACACCAGUUCAAAGUAUUAGCUGUAAAUAAGCUUGUAAAAAUAAUUUAGAAUUAUACUUUGUAUCAGUGAAUUGGUUUUGGAUUGUAAAUUAUUAUUGUAAGAUUAGGGUCAUUUUGGCCGCAAUGACUCACUAUCAGAGCAUCCCUAAAUUUGCUGUUCAACAAAUAGGUGGUGUCAGUGUAUACAGCAUCAGAACAAUUAAGAGAUUGUCCAAAGUAUGUAGGACAUUAAUUGGUUUUCCAUUUACAGUGUGACUUCCACUCCGUUUUGUGCACCUGAAAGAAACAUCCUAUGAAAACUGAAUUAUUUUACAAAAUCGAAUAUUGUACACACGGAAAAAAGAUAAAUCAAACUAGGCUACUUUUGCAAAGUGUAUGUUUAUUUUGGAAUCAUAUUGCAUUUUUAUUUUCUUGAUCAUAAAAAUGAUCGAGUAGUAUUCAUACCAGAAAUUAGGGACGUCUCAAUUUUGAUAGGAGACAUUGAGUUGAUAUCAACUUGUGGCAUGUGAAUUUUCCACCUCAAAAGUACUAUACUAAUAGGAAUGACCUGUCCAAAAAACCCGAAAUAUUCUUGCUGUUGUUUUUCCCCAAAUAAGAAUGUUAACUUUUUAAAUUAACAGCAGUGAUUUUUACAAUCCUUUUGUCCUGUCAUCCAUGAGCCAAGGGUUUGAUUUCUGAUUUUUCCACUAACACGUCGCAUUGUCUGUAAUACUUGACUGAUGAAUUAAGUUCUCUAAGCUGGUAUUGGCAUAGAUUGAAAUGACCAGAAUUUUUAUUAAAUGAAAUGUCAACUGCGGCCAGAAUAGAUCUCUUUACCUGGAGGUCCACCUUCAUGUACAAGUGAUGACAUAAGUUAUUAAUCCUAAGGUUUGCGUGUCAGACAUAUACCAGUCUGAAGAAAUUCACACCAUUGUCCUGUCUUAGUAAGGCUCCAGUAGAAAGUCGAGAUGCUCGCUCACUGUGCCCCCCGCCCCACGAGCAGAUGCUCCAUAUUAGUGUGCAAUACAUGCUAAAAUGAAACUAGGGAAAUACAAACCAUGAUAUAAAUGUAUGCUAUUGUUAAAAAACUGUUGUUAAUGGCUAAAAUCUUAAAUGAAGACUUAUUACCUUUUUAUAAUGUGUUGAAGUUAUUUUAUUUUAUUUAGAAGUUCUGUAGCUUUUAAUAGCACUGUUGAUGAACAGAAACACUGGCUAAAGGAAGAGGAAGAGGGCAUCACACUUAAUGCCAUCAUGUCGUGUUUCUUGUUCCACUGUUUGAUGUCUUUGCCACAAUUAUUACUUCCCUCUGUGGGACGUCAAAGUUUGAAUGCAAGACGUUGUCAUUGUUAAAUACCAUAAACAUGUAAAUGAAAUGUAUGUUCCCUCUUUGGCCAUUCUUUAGUUUUGGCCUUGUUCUGUGACCCGCCCGGUGCGUUAUGUUAACUGGGUGUGAAAUGAAACUAACCGCUGAAUUAAACAAGUUGUUAUGCUAAAAAA